AUGCUGGCCGAGAAUGCGUUUGAUCGGAUUGAGAUAUGGGAGCAGAGGGAUCGAGUUGGCGGAAUCUGGAACUUAUCGCCACCAGACAGAAGCAAACGGAUACCUAUACCUCAAACGGAUCCCCGGUACGGACAGAAGGCAAGGGUGAAUUCUGGUGGCGGUAACGCACUUGAUGAUUCCCUCGAGUUCGAAUCGCCCCUCUAUGAUUAUCUGGAGACCAACAUUCCCAAGGAGCUCAUGGCCUACGCUGAGAAGCCGUUCGCUGCGGACGACCCGUUGUUUCCGCCACAUGACAGAGUUCUGGAGUAUCUAGAAGAGUACUCCAACGACGUCAAGCAGCUCAUCACGUUUAACCACCAAGUGCAGGAUCUGAAACUUGAUGAGACAUCUGCCCCGGGACAGGACGUGUGGCGCAUGGAGACGGUGAGCCUGCAAACGAGGCAGAUCUCGGUCCAUCACUACGACGCUGUGGUCGUGGCAAAUGGCCACUAUACAGUACCCAGUGUCCCCGAGAUUGACGGGCUAGAGGCAUGGAACAAAGACUACCCUGGCGCUGUCAUUCACUCCAAAGCGUACCGUAAACCAGAGGAAUACACGGGCAAGAAAGUUCUGGUCAUAGGUAAUGCUGCAUCGGGACUCGAUAUCGCCUACCAGGUCUCGGAGUAUUCACAACAACCAGUGGUAUUGUCCUCUCGUUCGGCGUCAAUAUUCGCGACUGGCAAGCCCCCGCCGUGGCGGAAGGAUGUGCUGCAGUCGGUUGAGUUUCUUCCGUCCUCGAGCUAUGACCGAGCAGUAAAGUUCGAAGACGGCCACAUCGAAGAAGGCAUCGACCAAGUCAUCUUCUGCACCGGAUAUUACUACUCAAUACCGUUCGUGCGGGACUUCAAACCUCUACUGAUCACCGAUGGCUUGCGGAUACAGGAUGUUUACCGCGAUCUGUUCUACAUCCAUCAUCCCUCGUUGGUUUUACCGGUUAUCAAUCUGAGAGUGAUACCGUUCCCAUUGGCCGAGAAUCAAGCUGCAGUCGUUGCACGAAUCUGGUCAGGUCGGUUGAGUCUCCCAUCGCAAGAGGAUAUGCGAAAAUGGGAGAAGGACAAGAUUGCGUCAAAUGGCAAUGGGAAACACUUUCACUUGAAGAAAUUCCCCGAGGAUUGUGCCCAGAUCAAUGAAUUACACAGGUGGGCGCUCGCAGCUUGCACGGAUCACAGGCUGGAGAACGACGGCCAAGGGAAGCUCGGGAGAGGAUAUGAUGAAAAGGCGGUUUGGCUAAGGUCCCAGUUUCCCGCCGUCAAAGCAGCAUACCUGAGCAAAGGCAAAGACAGGCGGAAGAUCAAACGGGUCGAGGAUCUAGGCUUUGACUUUGUCCGCAGGGACGAGGAUCGGGAGAUGUAUGCUGCUGCAGAGUGUUAG